GUCAGAUUGUAAUUGUAAGUAUAAGAUAUGCAGUAAUUGAUAUGAGUUCUAUCUUGAUCGGUAAUUAAAUAGAAAGACCCGGUUAGAAGCCACUGGCAGUUACUCGUUGCCGCAUCGGAUGUUUACGAGAUAAUUAUUGACCUCGUUAUGAAAAUUUUUUAUUGAUAAUUCGGAUUCGAGCGAAUUAUAAAUUUGUGGCGGCGAAAAUAUUUGAUCUAAUUUCAAAUUUAAAUCAUCAUUUACACGCUGAUUUAAAUUUUUUUAUCAUCAAUAAUAAUAAUAAUUGAUAGCUUUACAGUUAAUAGUUGACGAUAAUGGAAUCGACAAAAACAUUAGGAUUGGUUGAUUAUCUGGUGAUUACACUGACGAUUGCUAUAAGUGUUGGUAUCGGAAUUUAUUAUCGUUUCACCGGAGGCAAACAAAAAACAUCCGAGGAAUAUUUUUCGGCGAACAGAUCAAUGGGGCCACUGUCAGUUGGCAUUGCUUUGAUGGUGUCAUUUAUGUCUGCAAUAACACUCUUAGGAAUGUCUGCUGAAAAUUAUACUUACGGAACGCAGUUUAUUGUCAUAAAUAUAAAUUAUAUAUUAUCUACUCCAAUAAUUUGCUAUGGAUUUUUGCCAGUAUUUUAUAAACUGCAAGCAACAAGUACUUAUGAGUAUUUAGAAAGACGUUUUGGAGUACCAACAAGAUUGUUAGCGAGCUUCGUCGUGUGGCUCCAAAUGUUAUUGUACUCGGGUGUGGUGCUUUACGCGCCGGCUUUGGCCUUUGAGACGACAACUGAUCUAUCAAGAAUGAAAAGUAUCCUAUCAGUCGGCUUAGCUUGCGCUUUUUAUUCGAGUAUCGGCGGAAUAAAAGCUGUAUUGAUAACAGAUAUUUUCCAAGCAGUUUUGAUGUUUGCUUCGUUAAUUGCUGUAAUUGUCGUAGCCGCUUAUUCGGCCGGUGGCCUCGACGAAAUAUGGAACAUUGCAAGUCAAGGCGGCCGUAUAGAUUUUAACAACUUUUCUAUUGAUCCCACCGAACGCCACACAUGGUGGAGUCUGAUAAUUGGAGGGAUGUGUACAUUUUUAUCACUCUAUGGAGUAAAUCAAAUUCAAGUACAACGAUUUCUAACUGUCAAGAGUUUAAAAUCCGCACAACGCGCGAUGUGGUUUUGUUUGCCGGUUCUUAUAAUACUGAAUCUCACAACAAGUUUAGCCGGAUUGUCAAUGUACAGCAAAUAUUUUAACUGUGAUCCAAAGGCAGCCGGACAAAUAGAACAACCAGACAUGCUGAUGCCAUUCUAUGUUAUGGAGACAAUGUCUUCAAUUCCAGGCCUGCCUGGUUUAAUUAUCGCCGGUGUAUUCAGCGCGGGAUUAAGUACAAUAUCAGCAGCACUAAAUUCCCUUGCGGCUGUUAGUUUGGAAGAUUAUAUAAAACCUCUGUACUUAAAAUGUACUAAAAAACAAUUAUCACCAUCAACGUCAUUGAUAUUAGGAAAAUUUUUAGCAUUUUCACUUGGAUUUUUAUGUAUAGCUCUUGCUGUACUUGCUCAGUACUUAGGAAGUGUCCUUCAAACAAGCUUGACGAUAUUUGGAGCCGUUGGCGGGCCGCUCUUGGGUUUAUUUACCCUGGGAAUGUUAUUUGAAUCAUCAACUCAGAGUGGUGCUGUUCUAGGUACGACAGUAUCACUUGUAUUUUCAUUAUGGAUCUCAUUCGGUGGUCCGCGACCAGCUCCACCGGCAUUACCAGUCUCCAUUGAGGGCUGCAGUAAUGACACGUUACUUUUACUCAACAAGACGCUGGAAAUGAAACAUCAAACCCUAGAUGAUUAUUUGCAUCCCCAUGUCCGGAGUAACUCGGAAUUUUUUUAUCUCUACCGACUUUCUUACAUGUGGGUUUCUCUUAUUGGUCUUGUGUUGACAAUCACCAUUGGCAUGAUCACCAGUAGACUGUCUCGGUGCUUUGGGUUUGAGAGCCAACGAGCCAUUGAUCCAGAUCUUUUCUUCCCAUUUGUAGCAAAACGUAUUCGCAAGAGGCUUGAGACUGAUCCUAAUUUUACUGCACAAAAAUAUCAAUUUGAAAGUAAAAAUAAUAUCGACACUGCCACUACUAGCAUGUAACUGUCACUAAUUUUUCAGUAUUCACAAUCACGUUUUCAACGCAUCGUAAAUUAUUAUUGUAAAUCAUCUUACGAUUCAUUCUUAAAGUUAUUGUUUUUUUUUUUAAAGUUUAUGAUCUUGAAGUUAACAGACAAUUUAAAAUUUUCGGAUUUUUUUUACAACAAAUGAAUUACAAAAAAAGAAAAUAAAAAUAUGCACAUGUAGGAAAUUUAAAAUACUACAGGUGCAAUUUUUUAAAAAUAAUUUAUUGUUUAAAAAAAAAAUCAAAAAAUUAUUGGACGUCGGUGAACUUCAGUAUCAUGUUAAGUUUCAUAAAAAAAAAUUAAUAAGUUUGAAUUUAUUUUCUUUGCUCUUAAAGUUUUGAAAUUCAUUUUAUCAGUAAUCUGGAUAAAUGUUUUUUUCCUGAGCGAUGAUUGUCUUGUUUAUUAUUAUCGUGAUAAUUAAACCGAUUUAGCCUUGAGACAAAUGUGUGAUGUUAAUAAACAUACUGAUGUUUCGUAUAAUUAAUUUUUAAAAACCUUAAGUACAAUUCUAUCUCAGGGCAAUGGGUAACUUCGGCUUCUUAAUUACAUUUACAUUAGUAAUUAUUUCCAUUGAUACCUCCCGUACUUAAUUCAAAAUUUCAUAGGCAAAAUAAUUAUUUAUUUUACUAUUAACAAACUUAUGUAAUGAAAUAUUGAAAUUUAUAUAAAUGUACAGUACAAUAAUGUUAACUUUUAUUAUAUCUGCCAUUAUUAUUAUAGAUAUAUAUUUUUUUAAAUAAAAAAUUAAAUUAUAAUAA